AACUACUACAGGUUGCUUAGUCAUUUUGGGACACCACCUUCCUUCAACUUGAAACAUCUUCACCUUUUAAAAUGAUUUUUAUUCUCUAUUCAAACAAAUAAAUACAAACUUAGCCAAAUCUAAAUCCAAAUCCAUAGCCGCCUCUGAUUUUUCAGCUGUUUGCUUUGUUGAAUACACUAAACUCAACUUCAAGUUGUGUUCAUUUGUGACCAUUUUGUUUUUCAUCAAUUUGGAAACUGGUUUGGUUCUCUUUCUCUUUGCACAUAAGAAACAGGUCAUGGAUUGCUACUAUGGGAGCAGUGUUAAUGAUUUUCUAGUUCUGAAGGAUGAAGUUUUACUGGACCGGUAUCCUUCCCCAGACUAUUGGUCAAACUGGGGAAUAAGUGCAACUGAAGGUUUUUAUUCACCUAACCAUUUUCUUAUGAAGGAUUUCACUGAUGAAAGUUUCAAUAAUCAAAUUGAGCUUGAAUCAUUUCUGAAUGAUAAAGAUCAAUCUAGCAGUUCAAGUGCAUGCGGGGGAUUGCCUGAGCAAUCUUUUCAACAGACAACAUUUUCAUGUGAUCAGCCUAAUUACCAGCUUCAAGAUCUUCCAAGAUUCGAACGGAUGGAUGACAUUUUCUUGGAAACUAUUCCUGAGGAUCCACCCUGUGUUGAAAUCCUAGACAAAUCCGUUAACUUUUCACCUGAAAAACGAUGCAGCAAUACACCUGGUGGAUUGCAAAAAGAUAUUGCAGCUUCAAAGUUUGAUUCGUCUAACUCAGAAUCUAAAGAUUGCCUAGAUAUAGAGCCACCGCCAGUCAAAAGCUUGGAUUCACAUGAAGAAUUCAUCUUGAAGGAUCUUCAGAUGGUAAUUGGACAGUUCACUGAGGGGACCCGUUUUGGCUUCCGAGAUGCCUUGUACCGUCUCUCUGGAUACACUGAACAACAGCAAGUGCUGCAGGACAAGGAUGCAGAUCCUAACACGCAAAAAGCAACGCUACACACGGAUGACAAUGAAACAGUGAGGUUUCAGAACAACAAAUCACUGGAAUCAGAGACCAACAGUACUGACAGAUUAAUUGCAAAACUUAUGUUCAACAACAUGGAGUUUAACAUGAAUGGUCAUCAGUAAAGCCAUGAAACAAGUAAUUGGAAGUGAAGGUCCACAUGGAAAAUGCUCAUGAGCCUUGAAUAUGGCACAAAAGCUUCAUUAUCCUCACCCUUAAGAGUUACUAGCAGAUGCGACGUUCCAAGGUUUGGACUAGGUAACCAGCAAAGAGACACAGGUUCACACAUGGCUUGUGGAGAGUCCGUUUGGAUACAGACUUAUUAGAGCUUAUCUACUAAAGCAAGUAUUAGAUAAGCUCCGAUAAGUGCUCUUUAGCUUUUAUCCAAGCGGGUUCGUAAUGUAAUUUUGAGCUUUCUAUAGGUUGUUGCUAAAAGAAAUUCUGUAUUUUUCAGUGCUACUGUUGUGCUUUCUAUGAUCUGCGUGUAUGCUUUUGCAUCUGGAUUACAUGCUCAGUUUUGUUUGUAAUGUAAAUGAAUAAAUUGAUCAACUUUGUUGGGUUUGGA